CUUGGGAAUUACUGUUCAGGGACCUAACGGGCUGGGUCCCCUUUGGACGGUGCGCGCUUCGAGGCGGCGGCUGAGGAAAGCCCGGGGGAGAAGGGUGGGGUCACUGAGUCACUGCACCCGGCUGUCCCGCCGAGGGCUCGUAGCGGUACAGGGAAACCGUUAGACAAGAUUGACUCCAGCCUCCCUGGGCCCGCGCGCACUGUUUGUUCGAAGUUUUACACAACUUCGAGCUGGGCCUCAGCUUUCUCGUGAGCAGUUCGCCUGCGUGAAGACUAGCGCGCCCCUGAGCUCUUAAGAACUCGCCAAAGCCAGAUUUUGCUCCGAUGUGCAGGCGUCUCUGUAGUAAGAAACUUCUGCACACAUUCUGUAAGCGCCGAACGCGGGUCUUGGGCAUCACAAACGCACUCCGGGGAAGUUCUUCUUGCCAAGUUCCCCCUCACUCUUCUCUGUGGUCUCCUCUCGGCUCUCCCCUCCCCCCAUAAAACCACACCCGGCUUUUAACAGGAUCUGCAAGUUUGGGGUGAAGGAGGAAGCUCUGCGUCCGCAGCUGCACAAUCAAAUUGAUCUCUGGUUUUUCUGCUGUUGCGGAAGUCAUUCAAGAAAGCUGUAUACCUGCACAAGUGGUGGCUGCUGUUGAGGUCAACACCGUUGCUAAUGAAGUGUACAAGUACAAUUUUCCUCACACACAGCUCCUGGCCAAGACGAUUGAAGGCAUUACACUAGAAGAGUUUGACAGAUUAUCUUUCAAUAUGAUUUUAAUGAGCCCACCCUGUCAGCCCUUCACAAGAAUUGGCCUGCAAGGUGAUGUGACUGAUCCAAGGACAAAUAGCUUCUUAUAUAUUCUAGACAUUCUCCCAAGAUUACAAAAAUUACCGAAGUAUAUUCUUUUAGAAAACGUUAAAGGUUUUGAAAUAUCUUCUACAAGAGAUCUGUUAAUACAAACAAUAGAAAAUUGUGGUUUUCAGUACCAAGAAUUUCUACUGUCUCCAACCUCUCUUGGCAUUCCAAAUUCAAGAUUACGGUACUUCCUUAUUGCAAAGCUUCAGCCAGAGCCAUUCCCUUUUCAGGCCCCUGGUCAGGUACUGAUGGAGUUCCCCAAAACUGAAUCUGAACAUCCCCCUAAAUAUGCAAUAAAUGCAGAAAAGAAAACUGAAGAAAAGAAAACUGAACCAAAUAUUUGCUUUGAUAGCAGCACACAAUGUUCUGGAAAAGACACCAUUCUUUUUAAGCUUGAAACUGCAGGGGAAAUUGCCAGGAAACAUCAACAGGACAGCGAUCUCUCUGUGCGAAUGCUAAAAGAUUUUCUUGAAGAUGACAUUGACAAGCAUUCAUUCUUUUUACCACCAAAGUCAUUACUGCGAUAUGCUCUUUUGUUAGACAUUGUUAAACCCACUUCCAGAAGAUCCAUGUGCUUUACAAAAGGUUAUGGACGCUACAUAGAAGGGACAGGAUCUGUGUUACAGACGACAGAGGAUGUGCAGAUUGAGAAUAUCUACAAAUCCCUUACCAGUUUGUCACAAGAAGAAAAGAUAAUGAGAUUGUCAAUGCUUCAACUUCGAUUUUUCACUCCUAAAGAAAUAGCAAAUCUCCUUGGAUUUCCUCCAGAGUUUGGAUUUCCUGAGAUGACAACUAUCAAACAGCGUUAUCGUCUACUUGGAAAUAGUCUCAACGUGCAUGUUGUAGCUAAACUAAUCAAAAUCCUAUGUGACUAAUUUUUUAAAUAACUCUGAAAGAGGGUCACAGUUUUCUGUCAUAUCCAUAUAGUAACUUUGAAAUUCUUUUUUGAAUUAAUUUUGACAAAAUUUGACUAAAUUAUCUUUCUCUUUAAUAAGAAGUUUGGGUUGGUCAGGAAAUGCCAUUUUGUUUCCUUAAAUUUAUAUUACUGUGUUUUGUAAGGUGAAACUUUAUGCUUCAGGAGAGUAUAUUUUCAUAUGAAAGUAGUAAAUAUAUAUGUUAAAUAUUCCUUUUAUAAUAUUAUGGUAUAGACAAGUUUAGAAACAUUAGAAUUUUAAUGUCUACAUGAAUAUUUUAUAAAGUAUUAUAAAAUAGUAUAUAAACUUGAGAUACUAUACAUUUGUGUAUGUUAAUUAAAGGUGCUUUCAGUUCA